CAUCGUCCUCUUCGUGAGUCCCAGCCGCCAUUUUUCCAACAAAGCUUCCCGCUAAUAGAAAUUGUGUUGCCAUUGGGCAACGCAACCUCUUCUCUGCCUUCACUGCCCCAGAGUACAGAACCGGAAGUUCAUACGAUUGCUGAAUCCAUUUGCACCCCUGGCACCGACAAUGGAGGUUACAACGAGACCGAGACUAUCCCGAAAAGCCGAGGCUCCUGUAUUGGCAAUCUUAACUUUUCUCGAUCCUCCGAGAGGCCCGCGCCAUCUUCAAAGGAUUUGGUAUCACCAAUAUCUCUGACAGCGGCACUGGCACCAGAGCAGCACAUCUGCGGUCCGCCCUCAUGGCCGACGGUGCAGCAACCUCCAUUUGUCCACGACGGUCUCUGCUUCUGUCCAGUUCACCGCAACCUGUCGCCACCUCUGCCUCCUCCACCGACACAGCCUCCACCAUCAGCGGAGCAGCCUCUUCUCAAUCCUGUUCAUUCACAUCUCCUGUCCCCAAACGGGGUGAGACAAGUUGCCUUUCAAAUGCAGGAGAUCAGAGAAGUGACUUUGACCCGACCUCAGACCGGCCUUAGGUUCGGGAUCAAAAUGGAAGCAACUGGGCAAGGCUUUAUGAAUGUACAUAUCUGA